AUGGACGGAAUAUCUAACCGGGGAGCCAACGAGAAGGGCGUUUCUGAUCAUGAGACACUUGAGACGAGAGUCAAAGCUUCUGUUAAUGAUACAACAUCUAUUCCAGAUGGCGGGAUCACGGCGGGUGUCCUGAACACGUUUGGCGCUUAUCAGACCUAUUAUGAGACCCAGGAACUGUUUCCCUCAUCCUCAUCGAGUAUAUCCUGGAUAGGUUCAGUGCAGUCGUCUUUGCUCCUCGUCUUCGGUUUGAUGACCGGUCCGCUGUAUGAUGCAGGCUACUUUUAUCCCCUUCUUGUUAGCGGCUCAUUCAUGAUCGUAUUUGGGCAGAUGAUGCUGAGCCUCUCCAAGGAGUACUACCAAGUGUUACUGUCACAAGGAUUCUGUAUCGGUAUUGGAACAGGCUUAAUUCUCAUUCCUGGUAUUGCUGUGCUCUCCACCUAUUUCAGCACGAAGCUGGCCCUCGCGAAUGGCGUUGCAGCUGCUGGCAGUGGAUUGGGAGGUAUUCUAUAUCCGAUGAUCUUUCACCGACUUCUCGAUCGAAUUGGAUUUGGAUGGACCUGUCGGGCAAUUGGCCUCGUCAUAUUAGUCACCAUAGCCAUCCCUAUCACGGUCCUUCGAUUACGAGUGAAGCCAUCUGGCAAACGGAAACUCUUGGAUAUUGGGGCAUUUCGUGAGCCCGCUUAUACUUUCUUUGUACUGGGAGGAACUCUCGAGUUCAUCUCGCUCAACAUCCCAUUUUACUAUGUUCAAUACUUUGCCAUCAGUCAGGGGAUCGCCGCCAAUGACCUUGGAUUCUAUCUACUCUCAAUUUUGACCACCGGAUCUGUUAUGGGGAGAAUAUUACCAAACAUAUUUGCCAAUAUUAUUGGCCCAUUCAACAUCAUCUUUACAUGCACGGUUAUCUCGGGGGCCUUGGUGUUUGCUUUGGUUAAUUUAUCUAACCUGGCGGGAGUGGUCAUCGUGGCUUUUCUGUAUGGUUUUUUCACUGGAGCAUUUGUGUCCCUGCCACCCACCUGCUUUGUCAAGCUUUCCCCGGAUCGGGCUCUUAUUGGCACUCGAAUGGGAAUGGGGUAUGCAGUGAUGACCGUCGGAAAUCUAGUUGGGACUCCCGCUGCUGGGGCCAUCCUGCAAAACCGGGGCUUCAAUGCCGUGUGGAUCUUUGGGGGUGGGGUUUCGAUUGCAGGAGGAAUAGCUAUGAUGAUUAGUAGGAAUUUCCAAGGGGGAUGGAAGGUGCUAAUUCGACAGUGA